CCCACUCAGUCCUGAACUGUCAGCGUAGGAGUCUGUUCAUCACUUGGACUGAAAACUAGACCCAGAUCCACCAAACCCGCCUGUUAGCUGAAGCGGGUCUGGGUUUAACCCUGGAGACGCGCACAAGAAGAAGAAACAGAAUUGGAAGUAUUAAAAGAAGAACCGGCGGCGGGACGACCGACCAACGAACCGACACAGGACCGAUAGCGGACCGACACCGGCCGAGAUGGGGGCUGUUCUGGGGGCCUUUUCCCUCACCAGUUGGGUGCCGUGCCUGUGCAGCAGCGCCACCUGCCUGAUCUGCAGUUGUUGUCCACACAGCAGGAACUCCACAGUGACCAGAGUACUGUAUGCCUCCAUCCUGCUGUUGGGAACCAUUGUGGCCUGCAUCAUGUUGUCACCAGGUGUGGAUCAGCAGCUCAAACGGAUCCCAGGGUUCUGUGAGGACGGAGCGGGUUCUUCCAUUCCGGACCUCCAGGCCAGUUUGGACUGUCAGAUGUUUGUGGGCUAUAAAGCUGUGUACCGCGUCUGCUUCAGCAUGAGCAUGUGGUUCCUGGGCUUUUCUAUUCUAAUGAUCAACAUCAAGAACAGCACAGAUCCCAGAGCAGCCAUCCACAAUGGGUUUUGGUUCUUUAAGCUUGUUGCGUUGGUGGGGAUCAUGGCCGGUGCCUUUUACAUUCCCGAUAGGCCUUUCACCUACACUUGGUUUGUGAUUGGAUCCGGUGGAGCUUUCUGUUUUAUUGUGAUCCAGCUGGUGCUGCUGGUGGACUUCGCCCACUCCUGGAACGAGUCCUGGGUGGAAAAGAUGGAGAGGGGAAACUCUAAAGGCUGGUAUGCAGCUUUACUUGGUGUCACAGUCUUUAACUACAUCCUGUCGAUUGUUUCCGUGGCGAUGAUUUUUGUCUUCUACACUAAACCGGAUGAAUGCGCCAUCAACAAGUUCUUCAUCAGCUUCAACAUGUUGUUCUGCAUCGUGGCGUCCAUUGUGUCAGUUCUGCCCAAAGUGCAGGAAUCUCAGCCUCGUUCAGGUCUGCUGCAGUCGUCCAUCAUCACCCUCUACACCAUAUUCCUGACCUGGUCCGCCAUGACCAACGAGCCCGAUCGAACCUGUAACCCCAGCCUUCUGAGCAUCUUCCAGCAAAUUGCCGUCCCCACCGUGGCCCCUCUGGAGAUCGACAACCAGACGGCAGUGAUAAUCAUCGGCACUGAGGAGCCCGUCCUCUCAGCGCCCUACCUGCAGUGGUGGGAUGCCCAAAGCAUUGUGGGCCUCACCAUCUUCGUCCUCUGCAUCCUCUAUUCCAGCAUCCGAUCAUCCAACACCAGCCAGGUGAACAAACUGACCAUGGCGUCCAAAGACUCAUCCAUCUUGGCUGAAACCGGCAGCAGCCAUGACUUGUCAGAAGAGGUGGCGGGGCCUCGGAGGGUGGAGGACAAUGAACGGGACAUGGUCCAGUACAGCUACUCCUUCUUCCACUUCAUGCUUUUCUUGGCUUCGCUUUACAUCAUGAUGACGCUGACCAACUGGUACAGCCCUGAAGCCGACUACACCGUAACCAGUAAAUGGCCGGCGGUGUGGGUGAAGAUCUCCUCCAGCUGGCUGUGUUUGGCCCUCUACAUCUGGACCCUGGUGGCUCCCAUGAUCCUCACCAACCGAGACUUCAGCUGAUCACAGACCAUACUCAUCAACCACACUGCCUCCAUCUUUCUGUCAAAAUACACUCACCUUUUUUACCUUUUAUCUGGGCUGUGGUUCCACUGUCUGGGUUGAAGAGAUGCCAUAACGGCUACUUCAGGUGCAGGUUUUUUACUGUAGUGAAUCACACACAUGUUUUGAGAUGAAUUAUGGGUUUUGCUGUUAUUCCAGUUUAAUCUGAACAUUCCAUCUCUGAUCCUUUCAAUGCUUACAGUUAUUUUUCUCCAGUUGUGAGCAGCUGUAGUUUGCUGCUAUGCCGUCCGAUGCCUUAUGCAUGUGUAAAAUGUUAAACUAUGUAAAUACUGAGAGUGUAUGAGUAAAAUGUGAAGUUCUUCUGCCAAAUAUAUUUAACUGAGAUUGUUGAAUGUAAAUGUGUCUUUGAAUGUAAUAUUUUAACAGAUACAAUCAUGUAAAAGCUGUUCUCAGUGUUGAUUUUAUUGUUCUGUGAGACUACUGUAUGACUCCAAAUAGUAUGGAAUAGAUUUAAUAUUUGUCAUGACUAUACUUUUUACGAAUCUAUUUUUAAAAUCAAAUGAAGACGUGUUUUGUAAGAAAUGUCCAUGAUACUUGACUUGUAUGUUAAUGACUCAAAUGUUGACCAAAUGCCUUCUGUGCCACUGACUGUUUAAGUAAUUUAGAGUUUUGUUUUUUGUAUGUUAGCUUGGCUUGCUUUAUUAUCACAAUGGAGAUGCAACAUGCAAAACUCUGAACGCAAAUAAAAGCACUUUCCAGGUU